GUGAUUCUAAUAUCUAAUUUUGUUCUCAGCUGGACCUUCAAUUGCAAGAUGACGAUGGGGGCGAUUUGAGUAGUUUUAUUACGAAUGGCGAAUGGGAUUUGUUAGGGGUACCAGGAAAAAGAAACGAAAUCUACUACAAAUGUUGCCCCGAGCCAUAUAUCGACAUAACAUUCUUCAUUCUGAUCCGAAGGCGCACACUCUACUACUUCUUCAACCUUAUAGUACCUUGCGUUUUAAUAGCAUCCAUGGCAGUUCUUGGUUUUACUUUGCCUCCGGAUUCGGGAGAAAAGCUCUCACUCGGAGUGACUAUUCUUCUCUCUCUUACAGUAUUUUUGAACAUGGUGGCUGAAACUAUGCCUGCUACGUCGGAUGCCGUACCAUUGCUUGGGACAUAUUUUAAUUGCAUUAUGUUUAUGGUAGCAUCCUCUGUCGUUUCUACCAUCCUUAUUCUCAACUACCAUCACCGAAACGCUGAUACUCAUGAGAUGUCACAGUGGAUUCGAGUGGUAUUUUUAUGUUGGCUUCCGUGGGUAUUACGUAUGCAGAGGCCAGCUGACAAGAACAGCUACGUUUCAUCGCCGAACCGUUCAGCUCCGCCUGAGCGGAAACCCAUUCAUUUUCCGGAAGUCGAAUUAAAGGAACGCUCAUCGAAAAGUCUAUUAGCCAAUGUUUUAGAUAUAGAUGAUGAUUUUAGGCAUAAUUACAGAGGAGGGGGCACUCCCACACCACUUCAACCUACGACAUUUUUCAGAACUGUUUACAGACAAAACGAGGAAGGUGGAAAUGGAACAAACGGGGCAAGUGUUGGUGGCGGGCCGCGUCUUCAUGAAACCAUCGUAGCGAAUCACUCCUGUAUCAGUGCCGACUACGAGCUAGCCAUGAUCCUGAAGGAGAUCCGCUUCAUAACCGAUCAGUUGCGAAAAGAAGACGAAGCAGCAAACAUCACAAAAGACUGGAAAUUCGCGGCAAUGGUGGUUGACAGAUUGUGCCUUAUUAUAUUCACUCUGUUCACUAUCAUCGCCACGUUAGCGGUGCUCUUCUCGGCACCCCAUAUCAUUGUAUCGUAGCCAACCCCCGUCCCGUUGCAAAUCCCAACCUUACUAUUACUACUAUAUUAUUAUUAUUAGAUGAAUAGGUAUGCCCCGAUUUUCUGGUGACUCAUACCGGUCAAUAAUUCUAGGGUUGGUCGCCUAAAAUACUUUAUUAUACUGUUAAAGCUCAACAAAUGCUCUAAAAGCUCUAAUUAUUAUAAUUAAAUGUUAAUAAAAUACUACAACCUUUUUUAUAUAGUCCCAUACAACUCAUUUAUAUUUGAAAACGAGGCAGACGAAAAGCGUCAACUGCAAAGUUUACUGUAAUACAAUAAUUGAAAUUAAAUAAUAAACAAUAUUUUAAAUCUAAGACUUUUCGUCAAAGGAAACUGCUUUCUGGUUGCAAUUUAUAAGCACGGAAACGACGAAUAUAAAAGAAAGCAGAAAGGACAACGGUCACGUAUCUACUCUCUUUUCGUCUAGAAAAAGAGCCGAAAGACAGUUGCAAGUACUCAAAAAUCUUAGUAAAGAUGAACAAGGAGGAAAGGCAAUUUUUGUUUUUGUUUGAUUCAGAGUUAGACCACCAUCUUCAUAAAUUAAUUAAAAUAUUAAAGGAUAAAGGAAUUGAUAGUCAAGAUUUACGAAUCAUAGAAAAAUUAUACUGGCGUCAAACAGCGACAGCUUGCAUAAAUAGAAAAUCAACAGAAAUAUGUAAGAUACAAAGAGGUGUCAGACAGGGUUGUAUACUGUCUCCACUGUUAUUAAAUUUAUAUUCAUUUUAGAAUAUUUAAGGAAGCGCUGCAUAAUUUGGAAUGGGGUGUGAAAGUUAAUGGAAUUCUGAUAAAUACAAUCAGAUAUGCAGACGAUACAAUUAUUUUAAGUAAUGAUAUGAAUGGAUUACAAUACCUUUUAAAUGCCAUUGAUACAACGGGAAGAGAGUUUCGCCUAAACAUAAACUGUUCAAAAACAAAAUAUAUGGUAUUUAGGCGUUUGGCCCAUCAAGAU